GCUCACCUGGCAGCUGUGAAGCACGGCAGUGCCCGUCCCUCGCGGUGGGUCUCAGCUCUAUGCAUUGGGCUCUUCUGCUUGUUCUCGGUCAGCAACUGCACACACACACACAGCACAAAAAAAAUCCUUUGUUUGUAAAGAAGCUGACGCGUUUCAGACGGAUCCCUCAAGUGGUCUGGUUGCAGCCAGAGGGCAAACAGGAGCACGGCGUGAAGUGUCAAAGCCUGGGAAGGUGUCUGGGGAGGGCAGGGGAAGGGAACGAUGCGCGUUCUUCUGGCCCGUGUCCUACAGGUCAGGCUAGGUGCUCGUAGUCGUCGUCGGCACGGUGCUCUGUAAAUGCUGGCGCCGAACUCCACGAGCACUUCGGAAAUGAAUGCUAUUUCCACCAGAGGCACUGACCAGGAGGGCUGCAGUGACUGUCCCGGGGCUGCCUCUAGAGCCCUGUUGUUUGAGCUCGCGAAUCUUGCCUCGUUUGUGCUUCGGUCGGAGACCUUCCCUCGCAGGUUGCCCUGGCCCGUGGGAAUCACGAUGGGAAAUGGGGGCAACGCCUUCGAGGCGGAAAGAGCCCGCCCAGAGUGGACCUGGAUGUACCCUGCUGCCUCCCCUGGAAGAGCCCUGCACCUGCACGAGCUGGUGAGGUGGCCGAGGAGGUGGGCAUAGUCCCCGAGCCCACGCAGCCUGCGCUCAGCCCCUGCCGUGCCCUCGGCCUGCCGAGCCGGGCUGUCGGGGCAGCUCGGCUCAUCUGGUGCAAUAACGUUUCCUCGGCGACGUGCCAGCCCUGGAAAGGAAGCGUAACCCUCGCGGUUCUGCCCGCGGCGGCGUGAGAGGAACAGAAACUUGGUGCCUUUCCCCGUGAGCGUCCACCCCGUGAAGUCAGGAAGGUCACGCCGCCCGGCCGGUCCCCAGGCGGCACAGAGCGGCAGCGCGCCGUGCCCACCCUUCCCUCCGGGCCGGCACGCGCCCGCCUCGCUUUCCGGCGGGCGGCCCCGCGAGGUGCGGUCUGCCAGCCCAGCGCCUCCGCGGGGCUGAGCGACCUCAGCCGGAGGCAGCGUCGGUGAACCGAGGGAGGAAGAAGGGAGACCGAAGCAGACGCAGGGCACGUGGCCGAGCUUCGUGGGCCGUCGGUUGCGCAAGACCGGGAUGUUUGCGGGUUUCUCAGCGGUCGCUUUGCAGCGGGGCGUCGCGCCCGGCAGCCGCUCCCCCGGGGCGCUGUUUUCCCUGAGAGCGUCCGGUGCCCAGCUGCCGCCUCCCCCCGGGGCACAGAGCCCAGCGCUGCUGCCGCGCCCGUGGCAGCGAGGUUCCCGCGUCAGGAACCGGCUCCAGAACCGGGACGAGGCAGCUGGCGCGGUCUUUACGGAGGACGCGAGCCCUGCCAUCCCUUCGUCUCGCGCCGCGUCUCCCCUCGAAGCCUUGGCCGUGUCCCUGAGGUUGGUUGUGAGGACCUGCUGGGCGUCGGGAGCGGCCAGGCGAGCGGGUGCUCGGGGCGAUGCCCCGCAGCCGGAGGUGCCGGCAGCAGCCCCGCCGGCACCCUCCUUCAGCCCGGCUGCCCCCGCAGUUCCCCUCCCCGCUCCAAGGCGCGCUGCUGGGCUUGGCGGCAGCGGGGGGCAGCCGGCGGAGAACUGCCUCGCCGCUGACCUUCCUGGCUUCUGCAGUGGGGGGAAAAAAGAGUGCCGCUUUCCCCAGCUGUCCGCAAGCAGCGGUGGCUGGGUCUCUCCUUCCCUGCGUUACUAAAUGAGGAGUUUUAAGGCUUUUCCUCUCGCUGAGUCUCCAAAGCCCGAGCUGAUCGCUGCGGCGCGGAAGUGCUGAAGCCUGGCCCUUCCCUGCCUUGCGUCUGGUGCCUAUCAGCCGCGUGGUUUGGUGGGCAGCGGGUUCCCACAGCUUCCUUUUUUCCAGGGGAGAUUUUUCCCCUCGCUUUUUACGGUCAAAAGCAGCGUGGUUGCCUUUGAAAAACAAACAAACAAACUCCGGGCAAGGAGAGCCUGGGCCACAGCCUCCGCAGCCCGGUUCAGUGUAAAUUGCGGGGUGACCCUGGGCCGGCAAAUGAGCGCGUUCCCAGCGCUCCUGGCCUGCUGCUUCGUGGAGCCGCCGGGUGCUCGGGGGAUUCCUGGAGCCCCGUGGCGUUUGGUCAUCGAGAAAAGGCUUCGCAGACCAGAGGAUCUCGUGACUUCCAGUAAACGUUGGUUAUUCCUUCUAGGUCACAGAGCACACGGCUUUCGUAACAAGGCAGCUGACGUUUCGCUGUGUGGUUGCUGGCACCUCCUCCAGCCACGGCUCUGCUCCGGUCCCGGAGGGCCCAGGCGCCAGGCCAGGGUUCGGGGAUGCAGUAGGGAUUUUUGCUAACGCUGUGGGAAGCUGGUAUCAAUGGCAAGAGCAUCUCUGCUGCUUCCCUUUAGCUUUGCUGUCGGUUGGCGAAAGCCUUUCUCAGCACCUCGUGGCAGAGCGCUCGAGGUGUGGAGGCAGUGUCAGGGAGGCGCCUGCUCUGCUGAAGUGGUUCCUGCGUGCGGUGGUUGCAGAGAUUUGGGCCGAAAUCAGAUAUUCGCCUGGCGGCGGGUGUUCUGCACGCUGGCUGCUAUCCCGCUGGACAUUUUUCCCGUUGCUCGCAUUCCUCGGGCUUCUGGUCAGAGCCGGCACGGAGCAGCUCCCCGCUGCUGGCAGGUAGGUCGCUCAGCCAAGCUGCAGGGCUCGGGACGUGCUUGUGAGCCAGGAGAGGAAAGCCCCCGUGUUCCUGCCCGCCUUCCCUGCCUUGCUUUGGAUUUAUCCAGGCUCUGUUGCAAUCGGAUCCUGCAGCCAUUCCCUGGGCUUUGGGGCAGGGUGCGUGGGCAGCUACUGGGGAGGUAACUCGGAGGUACGACAGGUACUCACCCGUUACGUCUGAAGGCAGCGCAGGCCCUGAAAAUGGGAAGGGGGUGAAGGGUUUGCCUGAGCCCCGAGAGCCCCCAGUCCUCCGUAAGGAUGGGCUUGGCUGCUUUCCAUCUGGGAGCGAUUAUUUGCCUUGAAACUGGGUGGGGAUAUUUGGUAUGCCAGAUAGCCCCAGUGCCUCGCCCGAGGUCACAGGAGGGCGAGAGGCUGAGUGGGGUUCGGAUCUCUUGGGGCCACGGCCUGGCGUUACCAAAAGCUGUGUGCCCUCUGGCCACUGCCGCCCUCCACGGGUGGCCUUCGGGCCUCUGUGCUCUGAGAAGUCCCCAAAAGGAGCACGAGGGUCCCCGGGGCAAGGUCCUGCGUGCUGGAGCCCGGCCUUGGGCUCGGCCGGUCUCCGUGGCGCGGCAGCACAGCCCUGCUUCGCUCCUGCUCUUCUUGGGACCCCUCCAGCAACUGCUGAGCGUCUCCCAGGGGGUCUGGCAUUUGCAGGCAGCCGGGACGGAGCUUCAAAACACGUGGAAAACAUGAUCCAGAUCCCUGGUUUUAAGAUGGUCUUGGGUAUGGUGUAGGGGGGUUGUUUGCUGGGUUGGUUUGGUUUGGGUUUUUGGUUUUGGCCGCGAGCAGGGCGGUGGUGAGGGCACCUCGGGUGUCGCGUUGGCGGCGGUGUUUGAGCCGUGAGUGCAGGCUUUGACAGGGCGGCGUGCAGCCGCCGUGCUCUCCUGCGGGGAGCGAGGAGGCCCCUGUGGGACCCAGUGGUGGGACCCCAGUGGUCUCUUAGCAAGCGCCUGGGGAUUUAGGAGUCGUCGCCCUCGGGUGAGAGAGAACCGACAGCGCCCUUCAGCCUCCCAGUCGCUCGCCCAACAACUUCCCAGGCUUCCUUCGCCGCCGGCGGCUCCUGUCCCGCAGAGAGGGAUUGGGGUUGUGCUUUAGUCAGCUGGUUUUGGCCAGCCUGCUCUCACUGCAGAUGUCUGUCUGUUUAGCCCUUGGACUCCGCUGCUGGCAGGAGAGCGGCGAGAUUUAACCAUACCUUGGGCAGAGGGGAUCUUUUCAUCGGGGUUUUUCCUGAGCAGCUUACUCCUGGAGCGCCUGCGCAGGCUGGGACAGGCUGCAAGUGCGAGCAGUCCCUCCCAGCUGCCAGGACGCCUGGGAGGAGAGCUCUGUGCCAUGCCCAACCUCUCUUCUGUGAUGGAAACUUCUGUCCAGGCCAGAGGCACCUCCGUACGCUGGCAGAGAGGUGCAGCUCCGUCCUGGGGGAGCAGCUCUGGUACCCCGGCUCCCGAGGAGGCUGUUUGAGAGCAUCCUGCCAAACCGACAGCAGCGGGGCUUUGUGCCCUCAGCCAGCAUCAGGUUCCAGCAGAGGUUAAAGAAAGCCAGUCCCAUGUGUUUCCGCAGAGUAUUGUUGUGCAAUACUUGACUUUGCAAAUUUGAACCCAUUUGAAGUCCUGUGUAAACAACUGAGGAAGAGAGGUGAGCCCCUCGGCUGACUUCUGAGGGGAGGAGGUUUCUCGGGUUGGCCGAUGACCCAGGCUUUGCCGGCUGUUUCCGGGCAGAGACCGUGAGUGGGAUCCAGGAUCACAGACGUGUUAAUUGAAUGAGGUUUCCUCCUUACGUAGUGGGAUAAAGGUUUUACGGGUACAGCCUCGCCUCCUUUUCUGCCCCCAACACAUGCACAGCUCCCUCGGCGCGCUGUAGGAUCAGGCUUGUGUCUGGGGCUUUAGCCCAAAUCUGCCCGUCGCGGUGUGCUCUGCUCUGUGCCUGCUGUGUCUGGCGGAGGCAGCUCCCUGUUGGGACCCUGCUGCUGAUCCCUGCUGCGUGCAGGGUGCGGGGCAGCAACAGCUGAGGUGCUUUGACCGAGGCUCAAACCGAGGAGGGAGAGCGGGCCAGAUAUGGAGACCGCGCAGGGCUGCUGUCUGCUGGGACUGGGAAGUCUGGCUGCAAUUGGAGCAGCCGUACACUUCUAAAAGCUGCUAGAUUAUGGGUGUUCCAGUAUGUGGAGCAAACUUCCCAUGACUAACAAGUGCUGGUUGGAUUAUGAGCUCAAACAAGAACGCUCGCUACAAUCGUUUCUCCAGUGGCACAACAAACAUCACUACUUCUGAAAACACUAACGGGACGAGAAUGGAAACAACUUUUGGGCCGGCCUACUCGGCUGUGACAACCAUCACAAAGGCUGACGGGACCAAUACUUUUAAACAGCAUCGCCGGACCCCAUCCUCCUCCAGCACGCUCACCUACUCCCCACGAGAUGAGGACGAUGGCAUGCCUCCGAUCAGCACCCCACGGCGCUCUGACUCCGCUAUCUCCGUCCGUUCGUUGCACUCCGAGUCCAACAUGUCCUUGCGCUCGACGUUCUCGCUCCAUGAGGAAGAGGAGGAGCCAGAGCCACUGGUGUUUGCUGAACAACCGUCCGUGAAGCUGUGCUGCCAGCUGUGCUGUAGUGUGUUUAAGGAUCCAGUCAUCACAACCUGUGGGCACACGUUUUGCAGAAGAUGUGCCUUAACAUCUGAGAAGUGCCCCGUGGACAAUGCCAAACUGACUGUAGUGGUCAACAACAUCGCCGUGGCUGAGCAGAUCGGGGAGCUCUUCAUUCACUGCAAGUACGGCUGCCGGCCUGCAGCCAGCAGCAAGCCCGCCGCCUUCGAGGUGGACCCCCGUGGAUGUCCGUUUACAAUUAAACUGAGUGCCAGGAAAGACCAUGAAAGCAGCUGUGAUUACAGGCCGGUUCGCUGCCCCAACAACCCUAGCUGCCCGCCUCUCCUGAAAAUGAACCUGGAGGCACAUCUGAAAGAGUGCGAGCACAUAAAGUGUCCCCACUCCAAGUACGGGUGUACAUUCAUAGGAAACCAAGACACUUACGAGACCCACUUGGAGACGUGCAAGUUUGAGGGUCUGAAGGAGUUUCUGCAGCAGACAGACGAUCGCUUCCAUGAGAUGCAGGUGGCAAUGGCCCAGAAGGACCAGGAGAUUGCCUUCCUGCGCUCCAUGCUGGGGAAGCUCUCGGAGAAGAUUGACCAGCUGGAGAAGAACCUGGAGCUCAAGUUCGAUGUGCUGGACGAGAACCAGAGCAAGCUGAGCGAGGACCUGAUGGAGUUCCGCAGGGAUGCCUCCAUGCUGAACGAUGAGCUCUCCCACAUUAAUGCUCGACUCAACAUGGGCAUCCUUGGAUCCUAUGACCCUCAGCAGAUCUUCAAGUGCAAGGGGACCUUCGUGGGACACCAGGGCCCUGUCUGGUGUUUGUGUGUUUACUCCAUAGGAGACUUGCUCUUCAGUGGCUCUUCAGACAAAACCAUUAAGGUGUGGGAUACCUGUACCACAUACAAGUGCCAAAAGACCCUGGAGGGUCACGAUGGAAUUGUACUGGCUCUCUGCAUCCAGGGGAACAAGCUGUACAGCGGCUCUGCUGACUGCACCAUUAUCGUCUGGGAUAUUCAAAACCUGCAGAAAGUGAACACGAUCCGAGCACACGACAAUCCUGUUUGCACUUUGGUCUCCUCGCACAACAUGCUGUUCAGCGGCUCCCUCAAAGCCAUCAAGGUCUGGGACAUUGUGGGAACCGAACUCAAGCUGAAGAAGGAACUGACAGGUCUCAAUCACUGGGUGCGAGCGCUGGUGGCUUCUCAAAACUAUCUCUACAGUGGAUCGUACCAAACAAUCAAGAUCUGGGACAUCCGGAACUUGGAGUGUGUGCACGUGCUGCAGACGUCAGGAGGCAGUGUGUACUCCAUCGCUGUGACAAACCACCACAUUGUGUGUGGCACCUACGAGAACCUCAUCCACGUCUGGGACAUAGAGACAAAGGAACAAGUCCGCACGCUGACCGGCCACGUGGGCACGGUUUACGCCCUCGCUGUCAUCUCUACGCCAGAUCAAACCAAAGUCUUCAGUGCAUCGUAUGACCGGUCUCUCAGGGUGUGGAGCAUGGACAACAUGAUCUGCACUCAGACACUGCUGCGGCACCAGGGCAGUGUCACUGCCCUCGCAGUCUCCAGGGGCCGCCUCUUCUCCGGCGCAGUGGACAGCACUGUAAAGGUCUGGACGUGCUAGCGAGAGCGCCGCACUAGUCCUGCACACUGAAAGACCAAAAACUCCCCUCCGUCGGCCUGCUGGGUGACUAACACCACUACGAACGACUGCUGCAGCUCCUCCCCGCACCGACCACUGCCUGCCGCUGCCCAGCAGCCGGUUCCCCUGCCGGCAGCGCUCAGGACCUGCCCGUGGAUGCUCCAGAUGUUCCUUCGGGUCUGCCGGGCAUAGUUGGAAACGCUGAGGAAUGAAUCUGUUGGGGCACCGGGGCCUCCUUCAGGGCAGCGUGCCCUCCUCCACCUGCCUCCCGGAGCUGGGGAGCAGCCUCUGGAGCUCGGGGCUUGCUGCCAGGCUGGGCCUCCACAGCCUGAACACCCCCGUGGGACCCAGCACGGCCCUGGGCAGCGAUGGCACCGAGUGGUUCGGGCGGUCACCGGCGGGAGCCGCGUGCCGGGAGGUCAGUCCCUUUGUAAAUGUAGGACUGAGCGUUAGGCCUCGCCCUGGGUUGGGUCCCUGACCCCUUUCUGUUUCUGGUAUUUAAUUUUACUGCCAAGAUGUCAGGCUGAUCCAUCUGGAAAGAGGUGUUUUCUUGAGUAGCCAGGUACGAUUUUUACGCCACAGCUAGUUCUCAAAUCAAGUAACACAAGCCCAUUGUUCACCACCCUGUAAUAAUGGUCUCCACAUUAAAGAGAAAAAAGCCUCCGUUGCAUUUUUACUCACAUUUUCUACUGUUUUUAAGAUUGUAAUAUAGAUUUGAUUAUUUCUUCAUUGACAAUAAAAGUGGAAAGAGUU